AUGGAUGAUGCCAGGAAGUUGUUGGACUCUCUCAUGGGUGGCCACCGCAACGCGGGCUUGAAGGAGGCCAAGAAGAGGAAAGGGAACAACUUCAAAGACGACAACGUUUGCAAGUUUUAUCUGGUCGGGUUUUGCCCAGCUCACGAGGAGCUGUUCCACAACACCAAGCGUGACCUCGGGGAGUGCGAGAACAUGCAUUCGGAAGCCAUGUUGGCAGAAUUCGAGGCACACCCCGACAAAGAGAGGUUGCAAGUGGAUUACGAACGCCAGUUGAGGAGAUAUUUAGAGAUUAUCAUACGUGGGGCUGAUGAAUGGGUUGCGCGGGAGUUGAGAAACAUAGCGACGGCUUCGGAGACUCCAAACGAG